AUGUUCUACUUUUCUCUUCAUCUGUUUCUUCCCCUUUUCUCUUGCUUUCUUCCAUCUACUCUUCUCUUUCUUCCUUGCUCCCCUCUACUCUUCUCUUUCUUCCUUGCUCCCCUCUACUCUUUUUCUUUCUUCCUUGCUCCCCUCUACUCUUCUCUUUCUUCCUUGCUCCCCUCUACUCUUCUCUUUCUUCCUUGCUCCCCUCUACUCUUCUCUUUCUUCCUUGCUCCCCUCUACUCUUCUCUUUCUUCCUUGCUCCCCCUCUACUCUUUUCUUCCAUCCUUGCCCCCCUCUACUCUUUUUCUUCCUUCCUUGCUCCCCUCUACUCUUUUUCUUCCUUCCUCGCUCCCCUCUACUCUUUUUCUUCCUUCCUCGCUCCCCUCUACUCUUUUUCUUCCUUCCUCGCUCCCCUCUACUCUUUUUUCUUCCUUCCUCGCUCCCCUCCUCGCUCUCUUUUUUUUCCUUCCUCGCUCCCCCUCUACUCUUUUUUCUUCCUUCCUCGCCCCCUACUCUUUUUCUUCCUUCCUCGCUCCCCUCUACUCUUUUUCUUCCUUCCUUGCUUCCUUCUACUCUUUUUCUUCCUUCCUUCCUCCCUUCUACUCUUUCUUUCUUCCUUGCUCCUCCUCUACGCUUCUUUCUUCCUUUCCCCCUCCCUUCUACGCUUCUCUCUUCCUUUCCCCCUCCCCUCUCUUCCUUUCCCCCUCCCCUCUACGCCUCUCUCUCUUCCUUGCCCCCUCCCCUCUACGCUUCACCUUCUUUCUUCGCGUAUUCACUUUUCUUCUUUUUUUCUCUCAUCAUAUUGUAUAUCUUUCCUAUCAUUAUUGGUCCUUCACAAUCAUCAAUAACAGACUUUCUCCUUACAGUGGAGGUCGCAUUUGGAUGAAUGUAACCGGAGUGAUUCACAUUGACGGUGAAGUGCGAGCUAAUGGUUAUGAUGCUACUCCAAUCAGCGGCGGAGGAGGGGGUAGUGGCGGUAGCAUCUGGAUGUACUGCAACAUCAUUCGUGGUUACGGUCGAAUCACUUCAAAGGGAGGCCGGGGUUCGAUCCACAGUAAGAAUCCUGGAGGAGGAGGCGGUGGUGGACGAAUCGCUUUUUACUUUAAGGUCAAUGAAACAAUGAGUUCUUUUAGAUAUAAAGCCCACGGUGGACAAGCUGGUGAUGGCGGGAAACGAUCCGAAAAUGGUGGUGCCGGCACUGUUUUUAUUUACCAUAUGUUGGAGCAGCAUCGAACUUUGAUUAUCGAUAAUGAAGGCCUUGCUCCAUUCGAUCCAGAACAUAAAUUAUUGGAUUAUUCAAAAGUAAAAACUGAUGGGUGUAGAACGUGGAUUAUGCCUCUUUCAGGGAAUCACGUUUUUGCUAAUUCUUCAUACAUUUACCAUUUUGAAGAGCUUCAGAUCUAUGGUGAAGCCCAUCUCGCAAUGUGGCCCCCAGAAUCAGACAUCAAUACACUGAUUGAUGUAUUCUUUUUAUAUAUGAUUGGGGAUAGAUCAGGUACUGUUCAUUUAGGAAGAAAUCAUACGCUUGAUCUGACAAGAGAGGAAAUUGAUCUUCCCUUUAAUGUGCGAGUUUAUGAAGGAGGUUUCUUAGCAUUGGCUCCGUUUACUACGAUUCACAAUGUCACUGUAUGGUUGCACAGCACUUUAGCAAAUAUACAAAACCUCACGCUACACCAUAACGGUUUGUUGUCCAUGGAGGAGGGAGGACACACUUUUCUGCAAAGGAGAAAUCACUAUAAUUUUCAAGUCAUUCGAGUGCAGGACAAUGCGACGAUCCAGGCCCUGAGAAUGAAUCCUUAUUUAGACGGUGUUCACAUCCAUGUACAAACUGCUUUCCUCGAAGGAGGCGGAACAAUAAAAGGAACAGAUAUAAGCAUGGAUGCUGUCAACCUAACUAUUGACGAUGGAGCAUCGCUUCAUGCUAACGGACUCGGAUAUAGUUCGGUCGAUCCCAAAGAUCUAGAUAAAAGGAUCAAUGUUGGUCAAGGGUUCACCAAUAAAAAAGGCUCAUCCGGAGGAGGCCAUGGUGGUACGAGUGGGCGUGGUGGUGGGAUAAGACUCACUGGUCAGCCAUAUGGUCAUUUAUUUGAGCCUUCUCUGUACGGAAGUUCUGGCGGUGGAGGUGUGUCUGUUGGGGGAUCAGGUGGCGGAAAAUUGUGGAUAAAUGUCACUGGUCAGUUGUUGCUAGACGGUCAGAUUCAAGCAGAUGGUCAAGAUGCUGUGGUCAGUUAUGGAGGAGGUGGUUCUGGAGGAAGUAUUUGGAUUGACUGUUAUCUGUUUCGCGGACUGGGAAACAUAACUGCUAACGGUGGGAACCGAUUUCCAAAUGGAAUCGGAGGCGGUGGGAGCGGAGGACGAAUAGCUCUGUAUUUCUCCAAGAAUCAAACCUACCUAGGCGGUUACAAAUGCCAUGGCGGAGUGGCUGAGGGUCUAGCAGAAUCGGGAGGACCAGGAACUGUUUUUUUAUAUCACAAAAAAGAAAACCAUUCCACUUUAUAUGUAAACAAUGAUAAUCUACAGAGCCAAUAUGUCCAGAUGAUCGCCGAUUAUUCAGAUCUCAAGGCAGAUAGUUUCAAAGCAUGGAUAUUGCCUAAUAUUGUCGACCACUGGUUGGUAGGUGAUAAUUUCAAAUUGAGCUUUGAUGAAUUCCAAAUUUACGGCAAUGCUCAUCUCGCCGUGUUGCCAAAACCAAUAAAUAAUGGCUCCGAUUUGUUCUUCAGGCAUAUGAUUGGAGAUCGAAGCGGUUACGUCCAUAUUGGGCCUUAUCAAAUCAUGGACUUGCAUCGCAAAUUUAUUGAUCUACCGUUCAAUUGUUACAUCUAUCAACUCGGAUACCUGGGGAUGGCUCCUGAUACGGUCGUAGACAAUGUAUUUAUUCAUACCGAAGGCACAUUCGAUCACGUCAUCAACAUGACCCUUGUUAAUAAUGGGCAACUGAGGCUAUUCCAAAGCGGUUCCACUAAUCGCCGAUCUCGGCUCGACUAUCAAAUACCCGGUACCACUAUUAUGAAAGCUGGGUCGCUCAUUAAUGCUUCGUCUCCGUUCGCACAUCCGGAUCAAUACGAAUUGGCAUUUGGUCGACUUUACUUAGAAGGCGGUUCCUUAAUGAACGGCAAGAAUAUGAAAAUUUCUGCAGAUCACCUGACGGUAGACGAUGGAGGUUGGAUUAAUGUCAAUGAUGGUGGCUACUUGGCAGGAACCGGAACAGCCCCUGGUAUUUAUCAUCGGUUCGGAUCGAGUGGGGCGUCUCACGGUGGUUUGGGUGGACGUGGAGAAUGUCAAAGAAUCGUUACAUGCCGUCUGCGUAAAUCGCGACCCUACGGAGAUUUAUACAGACCACAUCAGUACGGAAGCGGUGGGUCUCAUAACGCCGGAGGAAUUGCAAGAGAACAAUUCAAUUUUAAGCUUAAUUCUCUUUCUUUUUCUUUCUAUGCAUCUGUCUUUGUCUCUGUCUGUCUCUGUCUUUGUCUGUCUGUCUCUGUCUUUUUCUGUCUCUGUCUGUCUCUCUCUGUCUCCGUCUGUCUCUCUCUCUCUCUCUGUCUCCGUCUGUCUCUCCGUCUGUCUCUCUCUCUCUGUCUCUCUCUGUCUCUGUCUGUCUCUGUCUGUCUCUGUCUCUCUCUGUCUCUGUCUGUCUCUGUCUCUGUCUCUCUCUGUCUCUGUCUGUCUCUGUCUCUGUCUCUCUCUGUCUCUGUCUGUCUCUGUCUGUCUCUCUGUCUGUCUCUGUCUCUCUGUCUCUGUCUCUCUGUCUCUCUGUCUCUGUCUCUCUGUCUCUCUGUCUCUCUGUCUCUGUCUCUCUGUCUCUCUCUCUCUCUCUCUGUCUCUGUCUCUGUCUCUCUCUCUCUCUGUCUGUCUCUCUCUCUGUCUUUCUCUGUCUCUCUCUCUCUCUGUCUGUCUCUCUCUGUCUCUCUCUGUCUCUGUCUCUCUCUCUCAGAAUUAACAAUUUUACAUGUAACCGUUUUCCGAGGCGGCAUUCUGAAGAUCAUUGUAAACACCACACUGACAGUUGACGGCUACAUCACGGCAAGUAGUAAUGACCUGCUUCCUAGCAUCAAUAAAGGAGGGGCAAGUGGUGGCAGUGGAGGCAGCAUUAUCAUCAUCACUGGCAAUUUAACAGGAAGUCACACUGGUUCGAUUCAAGCCUUAGGAGGAAGUGGAGACAUUCACCGUGGUGGCGGAGGAGGAUCUGGAGGCCGCAUUGCUAUCUACCACGAUACACAUAAGGCCCACCCCCCAUACAGAGGAAGUUUCGAUACUUGGGGUGGAUAUGCUCUUCAGGGUACUGAAUCCGGGGCCUCAGGAACGGCGUACUUGCAAAACAUCUACACUCGAAAGUCGAUUCUAAGAGUAAACAAUAAUGGAAGAAAACAAAUAUCUGAAGACACCGACAUUCCAAAUGAGGGUUACCGCCUUGAUUUGUUUAAUCCAAAUCUGAGAGGGAGAAGUAGUGUCUAUUCUACGUCAGGCUUUGUUGUGAGGUCCACCACACCGAUUUACGACGGAAAUUCUAGGUAUUACAGCCCAGCAUCGUUUGGCAUUGCUAAUUUAUUUGACCAGACAUUCCGAACAAACACCGAACAUUUUUUCUUGGCCAACGGAUACACAACGACACUAACCAUUACACUGAACGCGACUUAUUGGGUCAACAAUCUCCGAAAAAACAACAGCCAAUGUGAAUUGAAAAUUUUCCCAAAUAUCGCUACCUCCCCGAUCACACUUUCUGUAUGUCCUCCUCCCCGAUCACCCUUUCUGUAUGUCCUCCUCCUCCUCCUCCCCGAUAACCCUUUCUGUAUGUCCUCCUCCUCCUCCUCCCCGAUAACCCUUUCUGUAUGUUCUCCUCCUCCUCCUCCCCCUUUCACCCCUUUCUGUAUGUCCUCCUCCUCCUCCCCCCUGAUCACCCUUUCUGUAUGUCCUCCUCCUCCUCCCCGAUCACCCUUUUCUGUAUGUCCUCCUCCUCCUCCCCAUCACCCUUUCUGUAUGUCCUCCUCCUCCUCCCCGAUCACCCUUUCUGUAUGUCCUCCUCCUCCUCCCCGAUCACCCUUUCUGUAUGUCCUCCUCCUCCCCGAUCACCCUUUCUGUAUGUCCUCCUCCUCCUCCUCGAUCACUUUCAGUUUCAGCACUAUUAACUGUUAUGCCACGCGAAAAUCCGAUUUCGGAGUCAGCGCCAUGCAUGCCGGGAAAUCUUUUGCUGUUACCAGUAACUACGUACUUCCGAGUUCGAAAAUAACAGUUGGUGCCUAUUUAGAACUUCCCAUCAAAACGCUUGUCGAUUCUUUCACAAUAAAUUUGAUUACGUCGAGUUCUUCUUCUUAUGCAGCGCUUUCGGAAAUAGAAAUAUUCAUCGGUGGGAAGAAUGUACAAACGAGGUAUAAAUACUUGGAUCUGAAUCCGGCAGAGACCUGGAUCCUUGCAAAGUUACCGAAAGAGUAUUUCAUUUUUGAUGAGCUCCACAUUUUGGGAAACAGUCAUUUAGCUUUCCUGUCCUCAAACCUUACCAAUUCUAUCGAUACUCGUGUCAAUAAACUUGUGAGCGACAAAACAGGUUACCUUCAUAUCGGCUUCAACCAGUCGGUCACCAUCCAGAAAACGGACUCUGAUAUUCCUUUCAACACCCGUGUUUAUGAAAAUGGUCACAUCCAUUUUCCAAAGAGGACAUUCUUUAUGAAAACUCAUCUCCAUUCUUCAGGAAAAGUAUCUGGAAUUGAAGAUCUCUAUGUUUAUAAUGGCGGAAGUGUAACUAUUGACACCAAUGGAACAGUUGGACUGAAAACAUUAGAUCCGAUUAAAUCGGCGCGAACUAUUUCAUUGAAAUCCAUCCAUGUCCAAGAUAAGGGUCGCUUAAAAUUAGAUGCAUCUUCGGUAGAUGAACCUUUCAUUGUUGAUGCUACCAGCAUUCAGGUCUAUGGCGGAGGACAUUUUCAGAUCAACACAGCUUUGGACAUCAAGACACAUCAUUUGUUCGCCAUAUACUCUGGAGGAAUCAUAAAUCUUUCUGGAAAGGGCUUAAAAACACAUUCAAACAUAUCGCAGUCUAUCAGUCUUGGACCAGGAAUAGGUUCGGUCAAAGGAGGCAGUGGUGGUGGUCAUGGUGGAACAGGCGGACGUGGCUCAGCGAAAACAGACGUCGGUCGAUCUUAUGAUUCCAUUUACACACCACUUAUCUAUGGAACUUACGGAGGAUACGGACGAGAUGUGGGUAUGUUAUAUUUUGGCGACAAACCUUACAAGAAUCAGCUAGUUUACAAAGGUUAUGGAGGCAGUGGAGGAGGAGCUAUUCAGAUCCAAAGCUUACACGUUGACAUAGACGGCGAACUGAAGGUCGAUGGAGAAGAUGCAGAUACUGUACACGGCAUUGGAGCAGGUGGUGGCGCCGGUGGAAGUGUUUGGAUCAGAUGUGAAAAAAUCCUGGGUCAUGGAAAGAUAACUGCUCGUGGUGGCCGAGGAGGAUAUAAUGGAAAAGUAUUUGGAGGUGGAGGUGGUGGAGGUCGGAUCUCUAUUCAAACCUUCGACAUAGCCAGUUUUAAUGCGACUAUACUUGCACCCGGAGGAUUUGGAAGAUAUGAACCAGGAGGAGCAGGUACGGUCUAUCUUGAAGCAAAGAACAUCACAAGCGGACAGUUCCUGCGAAAAAGUUUAUUCAUUAACAAUGAUGGCCAACCUUACCCGAAAGAAGGGAAGACUCGCGUCUCCCAGUCUCUCUCUGCGCGCGCGUCUCCCAGUCUCUCUCUGCGCGCGCGUCUCCCAGUCUCUCUCUGCGCGCGCGUCUCCCAGUCUCUCUCUGCGCGCGUCUCCCAGUCUCUCUCUGCGCGCGCGUCUCCCAGUCUCUCUCACGUCUCCCAGUCUCUCUCUACACGCGUCUCCCAGUCUCUCUCUACACGCGUCUCCCAGUCUCUCUGCCUCUCUCUACACGCGUCUCUCUGUCUCUGCCUCUCUCUACACGCGUCUCUCUGUCUCUGCCUCUCUCUACACGCGUCUCUGUCUCUGUACACGCGUCUCUGUCUCUCUACACGCGUCUCUGUCUCUGUCUCUGUACACGCGUCUCUGUCUCUCUACACGCGUCUCUGUCUCUGUCUCUCUACACGCGUCUCUGUCUCUCUACACGCGUCUCUGUCUCUCUACACGCGUCUCUGUCUCUCUACACGCGUCUCUGUCUCUCUACACGCGUCUCUGUCUCUCUCUGUCUAUUUGUCUCUCUGUCUUUGUCUCUCUCUCUCUCUUUGUCUCUCUGUCUCUGUCUCUCUGUCUCUGUCUCUCUGUCUCUUUGUCUCUUUGUCUCUCUCUCUACACGCGUCUCUCUGUCUCUCUACACGCGUCUCUCUGUCUCUCUACACGCGUCUCUCUCUCUCUGUCUAUUUGUCUCUCUGUCUCUCUCUGUCUAUUUGUCUCUCUGUCUCUCUCUGUCUAUUUGUCUCUCUCUCUCUCUCUCUCUGUCUUUGUCUCUCUCUCUCUCUCUCACUCUGUCUUUGUCUCUCUCACUCUGUCUUUGUCUCUCUCUCUCUCUCUGUCUUUGUCUCUCUCUCUCUCUGUAUUUGUCUCUCUGUCUCUCUCUCUCUCUGUCUCUUUGUCUCUGUCUCUUUGUCUCUCUGUCUCUCUCUCUCUCUCUGUCUCUUUGUCUCUGUCUCUUUGUCUCACGUCUCUCUGUCUCUCUACACGCGUCUCUCUGUCUCUACACACGUCUCUCUGCCUCUCUACACGCGUCUCUCUGCCUCUCUCUCUCUGUCUCUUUGUCUCUCUCUCUCUGUGUCUUUGUCUCUCUCUCUGUGUCUUUGUCUCUCUCUCUGUGUCUUUGUCUCUCUCUCUCUGUGUCUUUGUCUCUCUCUCUCUGUGUCUUUGUCUCUGUCUCUCUCUGUCUUUGUCUCUGUCUCUCUCUGUCUUUGUCUGUCUCUCUCUUUGUCUCUCUGUCUCUCUCUCUCUCUCUGUCUCUUUGUCUCUGUCUCUUUGUCUCUGUCUCUUUGUCUCUCUCUCUACACGCGUCUCUCUGUCUCUCUCUGUCUUUGUCUCUCUCUCUGUCUUUGUCUCUCUCUCUCUCUGUCUUUGUCUCUCUCUGUCUUUGUCUCUCUCUCUCUCUGUCUCUGUCUCUCUCUCUCUCUCUCUGUCUUUGUCUGUCUCUCUCUGUCUUUGUCUGUCUCUCUCUGUCUUUGUCUGUCUCUCUCUGUCUUUGUCUCUCUCUCUCUCUCUUUGUCUCUCUCUCUCUCUGUAUUUGUCACUCUCCCACUGUAUUUGUCUCUCUGUCUGUCUCUUUGUCUCUGUCUCUUUGUCUCUCUCUCUACACGCGUCUCUCUCUCUCUCUCUACACGCGUCUCUCUGUCUCUGCCUCUCUCUACACGCGUCUCUCUGUCUCUGCCUCUCUCUACACGCGUCUCUCUGUCUCUGCCUCUCUCUACACGCGUCUCUGCCUCUCUCUACACGCGUCUCUGUCUCUCUACACGCGUCUCUGUCUCUCUACACGCGUCUCUGUCUCUCUACACGCGUCUCUGUCUCUCUACACGCGUCUCUGUCUCUGUACACGCGUCUCUGUCUCUGUCUCUCUACACGCGUCUCUGUCUCUCUACACGCGUCUCUGUCUCUCUACACGCGUCUCUGUCUCUCUACACGCGUCUCUGUCUCUCUCUCUGUCUAUUUGUCUCUCUCUCUCUCUCUGUCUAUUUGUCUCUCUCUCUCUCUGUCUAUUUGUCUCUCUCUCUCUGUCUUUGUCUCUCUCUCUCUCUGUAUUUGUCUCUCUCUCUCUCUCUGUAUUUGUCUCUCUGUAUUUGUCUCUGUCUCUCUGUCUCUGUCUCUUUGUCUCUGUCUCUUUGUCUCUUUGUCUCUCUCUCUACACGCGUCUCUCUGUCUCUCUACACGCGUCUCUCUGUCUCUACACGCGUCUCUCUGUCUCUCUCUCUCUCUGUCUCUCUCUCUCUGUCUCUCUCUCUCUCUCUGUCUCUCUCUCUGUCUUUGUCUCUCUCUCUCUGUCUUUGUCUCUCUCUCUCUCUGUCUUUGUCUCUCUCUCUCUCUGUCUUUGUCUCUCUCUCUCUCUGUCUUUGUCUCUCUCUCUCUCUGUCUUUGUCUCUCUGUCUUUGUCUCUCUCUCUCUGUCUCUCUCUCUCUGUCUCUUUGUCUCUGUCUCUUUGUCUCUCUCUCUACACGCGUCUCUCUGUCUCUCUCUCUACACGCGUCUCUCUGUCUCUCUACACGCGUCUCUCUGUCUCUCUCUGUCUAUUUGUCUCUCUCUCUGUGUCUUUGUCUCUCUCUCUCUCUGUGUCUUUGUCUCUCUCUCUCUCUGUGUCUUUGUCUCUCUCUCUCUCUGUGUCUUUGUCUCUCUCUCUCUCUGUGUCUUUGUCUCUGUCUUUGUCUCUCUGUCUCUCUCUGUCUUUGUCUCUGUCUCUCUCUGUCUUUGUCUGUCUCUCUCUGUCUUUGUCUCUCUGUCUCUCUCUCUCUCUGUCUCUUUGUCUCUGUCUCUUUGUCUCUUUGUCUCUCUCUCUCUCGUCUCUCUGUCUCUCUACACGUCUCUCUCUCUCUGUCUCUCUGUCUCUCUCACGCGUCUCUUGUCUCUCUCUGUCUUUCUCUCUCUCUCUGUCUUUGUCUCUCUCUCUCUGUCUUUGUCUCUCUCUCUCUCUGUCUUUGUCUCUCUCUCUCUGUCUUUGUCUCUCUCUCUCUGUCUUUGUCUCUCUCUCUCUCUGUCUUUGUCUGUCUCUCUCUGUCUUUGUCUGUCUCUCUCUGUCUUUGUCUGUCUCUCUCUGUCUUUGUCUGUCUCUCUCUGUCUUUGUCUGUCUCUCUCUGUCUUUGUCUCUCUCUGUAUUUGUCUCUCUGUUUCUGUCUCUCUCUGUCUCUUUGUCUCUCUCUCUCUCUACACGCGUCUCUCUCUCUCUCUCUCUCUCUCUCUCUACACGCGUCUCUCUCUAUCUGUGCGUGUAAUAUCCAUGCAGAUUAUACAGGCUUCCUUGGUGGUGAAGGUAUUUCCCGUGGAGCCAACCAUAUUGGAGUACAUAACGGAGGAUCCGGUGGUGCCCAUGGAGGCAGAGGUGGACGAUCAAGAGCUGGAUAUCUUUCUGCAAUGGCGUACGAUUCCGUCUAUAUUCCUCAGAAAUACGGCAGUGGCGGCGGAAAUGGUAAAUCUGGAGACCGCGGUGGCAAUGGAGCAGGUGUAAUUCACAUGAACAUCCAGGAAACUCUUCGAGUAGAAGGUCGACUCCAUGCCAAUGGGGAAGGAGGUCAUGGUCAGACUGGUGGUGGAGGUGCUGGAGGAAGUAUAUACCUCAAAGUUAAACAUCUUGAUGGCUCUGGAUCUAUUGAGGCGACGGGAGGCAGAGGUGCUGCUCAUAAUGGUGGAGGAGGAGCUGGUGGUCGCAUUGCUGUCUAUCACAAUGGAGAAAAUCAUUUCACUGGUUCGUAUUUGGUUUAUGGCGGCUACGGCCAGCAACAUUAUGGCGGAUCAGGCACAGUUUACCUCGAGGAUAAUUCGAAUCCUGGAAACGUUUAUCGGAAACUUAUUGUUGAUAAUGGAGGAUUUACAUCCAGUCGGCGUAUUGUCGAAGUUGAAAAACUACCCCUGGAACCGAUUGGAAACAGCCAUAUUAGUUGGACCACAUACCGGACAUCGAGUAACGUUACAAUAUCUUCAACCGGAUCACCGACGGAUUAUCUCCGGUACUUGACCUCUGGAAAUAUUCAUGAUGCGUAUUGGACAAAUAGACAAAAUGCUGAAAUUGUUGUUGACUUGCCCUUUCCAACAUAUGUUGACCACUUGAAGUUAUUUCCAUAUUGCGAUCCUCGAUAUGUGACUGCCUACAACGUGCAGAGUUACUACCAAGGCAUCCAGAUGGUCCAUACCAACGGAUUUGUAUCGACGGAAGGAUGUAAAACCCAGCAAGAGCCAGACCAACAUGGACUUGUUGAGAUCAAACGAAAAUUAAAUAAGUUGAAAAUAACACUGAACCAUAUAAAGGGUAGUUUAUCCUCCCUAGCCGAACUGGAAGUUUACGUCUCUGAAGAUCCUGAUGACUCUGUUCAAACCGACUAUUGUAAUGCUGUCGGUUCUGCUGUAAUACUGCAACAGGAAGACCCAAGAUCAAAGCACGAAUUCGAUGAGCUUCAUAUAAUCGGAGGUGGCUCUCUGGAAAUAUCGGGAACAAAUGCCGGAAUCACUGCACAGAAAAUCAUAGGUGAUGGUAGUGGACGUUUGAGUGUCAAAUCGCGACAAUUCUUCCAGAUAAAAGCUCAAAGGGAACGAAUGCAGUUCGCACUUCUGGCUCAACCUCUAACAGAUCUAACUCUUCCAGAUGUUCUGGAAUGCCGCAAAGUUGAUGUCAUCUUGAAAGGUGAGACCUGA